AUGCUACAAGAAAAAAUAACCAGAGGCAAAUACGGUGAAAAUGAGAAGUUCACAUGCGCAUUGUCGCUUGUUUUAGUUCAAUGCUUAGUAAAUUAUGUGUUUGCUCAAAUAUUGAUGAUGUCCUGGAAACAUGAAAAAGACACAACAAGGACUGUAUACUAUAUUUCAUCAGCAUUAACAUAUCUUCUGGCUAUGGUCUGCUCAAAUAUGGCUUUGCAAUGGAUUAAUUAUCCCACACAGGUUGUUGGGAAGGCUGCAAAACCAAUACCUGUGAUGAUACUUGGUGUCUUGAUAGGCCAUAAGGCGUAUCCACUCAAGAAAUAUUUCUUUGUACUGCUGAUUGUUAUUGGUGUGGUGCUCUUUAUGUAUAAGGAUCAAGGCAAGAAGACCAUUGCUAAUGACUCUCAAGGAUUUGGUGUGGGAGAACUGCUGCUUCUUCUUUCACUGACCAUGGAUGGUCUUACUGGUGCUGUGCAGGAACGGAUUAAAAGUGAGUCUUCACCAACAGCAUAUUCCAUGAUGGUGAAUACAAAUGGAUGGUCUACAGUAAUUUUGUCGAUCAGCGUGCUGUUAAGUGGGGAGAUAUUCAAAUUUGUUACAUUCGUAAUGCAAUAUCCUGAGAUCUUGAUUUACUUGGCCGGAUUUUCGUUGAUGGGCGCUUUGGGUCAACUCUUCAUAUUUUACAUGGUCGCAGAGUUUGGCCCGCUACCAUGUUCAGUAGUUACGACGACCAGAAAGUUUUUCACGGUCCUCGCCUCUGUUGUUAUUUUCGGCAACGUGUUGCUUACUCGCCAAUGGAUAGGCGCCAUAUUAGUUUUCUCUGGUCUCUUCUUAGACAUCAUCUACAGCAAAGCCAAAAGCCAACCACCGAGGAGGAUUUCAGAUAAAUGA